AAUGCGACAUGCGGCAAGAAGUGGCGAUAAAGCGCAUCCAUUACCGCACUGAUGAAGAGCGACUGCUGAUAGAAAAUGAAGUAGGCAACCUGUUGAAAGUCGAAGAGGAUGACGCGAGGGUCAUCAGGUACUACAUGACGCAAAGGACUGACAACUUCUACUAUAUUGCGAUGGAGUUAGCACUCGGUACGGUGGAAGACUACGUGGAAAGGAAGCAGGGCGUCCAUACCAAACCUGAUAUGGACGAGCUUGAUAAUCUCGAUGAAAUCAGCAUUCUUAGAGAUUCGUCAAAGGCACUUGAAUGGCUGCACCAGCAAAAAAUCGUUCAUCGUGACAUCAAGCCGCCCAACCUGAUGCUGGUGAAAAGCAAAAAAGGCGAGAUCGUGACAAAGCUCGCCGAUUUUGGCAUAUCCAAGGAGAUGACAGCCAGCAAGCUGAAAAUGACAGCUGGUGUCGGUACCCUGGAUUGGAUGGCUCCGGAAGCCCAUAUGGGUGAAUAUCAACAGGGAACUGAGAAGACAGCUGACAUCUUUUCGCUCGGAUGUGUCUUUCACUACAUCAUCUUCCCCGGACAGCAUCCUUUCGGCGAUAUGUCCGACAGGAUGGCAAACAUCCAACAGGGAAAACCGUGCCUCGCGAACAUCGAAGAUCCCAAAUCAGUGAACGUGGCGACAAGGCAUCUGGUAGAAGAAAUGAUACAGCAAGAUCCAACAAAAAGACCAUCAAGCACCUACGUGGUCAACCAUCCGGCUUUGUGGACAUCAGAGCAAACGGAGAAGUUUUUCCAGGCUGUCAGCGACUGCAUCAAAGAAGACAAAGAACAUGGCCCUGUGCUGAAGAAGGCUGUCAAUGAAGAACUCGAUCUUGCGUUCGUCACAGAACUGGUCAAACUGAAAGAAUGGAAGAAAGUCGUCGACGCCACUCUGGAUAAAGGGGCUUUCGAGAGCUACCAGGGGACCACUGCAGAACUACUUAGGUUGAUAAGAAACAAGGUCCACCACUUCAAUGAUAUCUCGAAGGAGGGACGAAAGGAGGUUGGCAACGUGUCAACUGGAGUAGUCAACUACAUCACUGGAGAGUUCCCUACCCUGCUCUUGCACGUGUGGCUGGCAGCAGCUAGCAUCGGCAUUACAUUGGACAGCCUGAAACCCUUCUACACAGAGUCAAGACCUCCAAAAAGGCUGGUGCCCAGAGAGCAGGAGGCCGCCGAGAUGCAGGUGUUGCGACUGAAGACUCGUGUACGUGAGCUGCGAGACCAACUGAACCAAGCGCUGACAGACAAAAAGAGGACGGAAAAUGACCUGAAGGAACUGCGCGUCACCAAUUCGUCCACGGAGACCAAGCUGCGCGAGACCGAGGCGCGCAAUGAAGACCUGGAGCAAACCAUCGCCUCUCUGAUGGCGCGUUUGUACGAACUGGAGCGCACGCCAUCGGCGACUAGUGACGUCGGAGCAUUGGUGGAGGCAAUGCGGAUAGCGAAUGUGAAGACGCACACACUUCAGCGGGGCCUCAGCGAGGAGCAGCUGGAGACGGCACUCCGGGGCCUGGAGGCCUACCGUGCUUUGGAGGAGCUGGUGCUGUCAGUGCCUCUUGACUCGACGGGACGAUGGCUGAGGCUCCUGCCGCCGUCAUUGCGAACGCUGCACGUCUUCGGACCGGGGGAGACGGGAGAGCCGGUGAAACUGGGGAAGAACAGACGGCCCGACCAUGGGCUGGUGGUCGUCAUACAACAGGCGGGAGAUGACGUCAUCGACCAGCUAGCCAAGGGGCUGGGACCACGGGUUACCGGGCUGAAUAUGCUCAACUGCCCGCGUGUCACUGCCGGGGCCCUACAGGGGCUGCUGUCCGCCCUCACCGGCCUGGAAGACGUAACACUUGGCGGCUCUCUGUCCGGCGCCAUCACUGACGCCUCACUGGCCGCCCUCCACGGCUGCUCCCAGCUGCGUAAGAUACAGCUGGGAACGCCCAGCGCACUCUGUACGGAUAUACCGGUCAAGGCGGUCAGCAGACUGGCGUUUACCUGUCGGAAACUGGAGGCGCUGAUCUUUCACGCAAUGGAGGAGCUCAGUCAGAGGGUCCUGGACGCCCUGGUCAGGGCAGACCUGGGGAAAAGCGAUGACGGCACGCCGAGAACACUGAGGUUCAAUGUCCCGGAACCUGCCUAUGGGAAGCUGAGACAGAGGUCCACCAGCAGCAUCAUAGUGUAUGAGGCUACCUAGAAGUAUCAUUCGAAAAUAUCACGCCGACUCAGAAUGCGCCUACAGCAGUCAUCCUCAACUUGUUCACCCUCGCAUUGCAAGACGUUGAGAUGACGGACAAAUGGGACGACAGUCGGCCGGGCUUUAUCUCCAGCUGGGAGCCGGUGAAGCUGCGCUCCUUCAGCACCAGCGUGCACCAGGGGGACACAUUGGGGUCGAACACAAUUAUUUCGAUCAAAACUACGCUGAUUUAUGACAUUAUACGUGUUCGAAAAAGUCCAUGGACAUCUCGUGUAUGCUUUAUAUACAGGUAGAAGGACAAGAUGUGAAUAUAAUGGCGUGAUACAUUACAAGUAAGGCGUGAAAUAUGGACCAGGAACUUGUGUGUGGUUCCACAGUGCGCCGUGCAAUUGAACCCAACACAUUGGGUUAUCUGUGGACUCUAUCGAGAGCGGAUGACGCACUGUGCGGUGUUUACUUUCUUCCAAAUGAAUUGUGUGAAAUAUCAUUGCUGGAGAUUGCACAUUGCAUAUGUUGUGAGGUCCUACGUGCGAGCUGCUUUGUAGAAAUUCGUCAGGGGACUGCCAUUUACUACGUUUGAAAGAAGUUUUAUGAAGGUUUAGUUGUUAAUACAUGUACAUACUUAACGAUAAACACUGCUAUGUAGCUUUUAUCCCGCGAGUUGCUGGGGGGGAGGGGGGGGGGGCGUUAAACGCCCCCACUUUUUUCGCCGGGCCAUAGCAUAAAUUUUGGGUACCUGUAGAGAAUUGAUUAAAGUUUAUUGUGACAAAGUUUCAAAAAAAUCGGUCGGAAAAAUUUUGAGAUAUCGAGGUUUUAGUGAAGUCAUGAUUACUGAGUUUUCGACAAAAAACGGCAUAUGUUCAAAAAAUCAUAUAAAAUCACAGAAUAAACAUACAGACAUGCCGUAAACGCCAUUAGACUGCCAAUACCGUGAACAAUCAAAUGGCUAUCUUCGAUUAGGUAUUGAUUAUCGUUCCGCAUUUUCCAAAUUAUUGAACUGAAACUUGGCAAUUUCUCGUGACUACUUGACGACCAUGAUACAUGCAUUUCUUAAAUUGAACUUUUUGAGCCAAACACGUACACAUAUGAUAAAAUGAAUGUCACCAUCGUGUUCUACGCCCCAAAUUACCCAUAAAACAUGUUUCACGGGCUGCGAAUAUCAGUUUUGAUUUUCGGGGAUAUGUGCCUACCCGGUUGACCUGACCUUGACCCUGACCUAUGCUUGACUGACCCCUACAUGGAGCUGACACUCUUGUAGGCCUUAUAUGAUGGAUUGUGCACCGUUUUGACAGAGUUUAUGACGAGAGGUGCCCAUUGCGAAGUCCUGAAGUCCAUGCUACUGAGAGCCCGAUUUCAGGUGUUUGACCUGACCUUUACCCGACCUGUGACCUCAAAAUUCAACUUUAACCCUCGCCGGCCGAGGGGGGGGGGCGGGUGCCCCCCCCCCCAUAGGUUUUUUUUUCGCAAUAGCUCCGAACACGCUGGCGAUAGAGAGCUGAAACUUGGCAUACCUGACCUUUGAUCCAAGCCGGAUCUUUUGACACCAACUGCAUUUUUGGGUCAGGUCAGGUCACUGACCUAUGACGUCAUAAGUGAACCUCUGCACGGUCUUCAGAUGUCGCAACUUCGCAACGCCCUCACUGCAAGAGGAGAUGUCACAGGGAAAUGAAACUUGCAGGAUCUAGUAUCUAUUAUGAGUCUCACAACUUGUAUAUCUCGGAUUUUUCCUAAAGGUCAUAUGAGGUCAGGUCAUUUUCGUGACCUCACCAUCAUAAGUCAAUGGGGAAAAAUGAAAACUGCUAUUCUGGCGCCGGGAACGAUCUCCAACUAUCUCAAGCACACAUAAUCGUGAUUUGAUGCACUCCUUGCAAGGUUAGAUGCGUCACUUUUGCAAUGUUGACCUUGCGUGACGUCAUUUAUGACGUCAUCAAGGUCAUAUUAGUUUUUCGUCAAUAACUCUUGAUCAAAUUGAGCUAGCGAGUCGUGAAAGCCACCAAUGGACUCAGGAAGGCCUGCCGAAUCGAAUGAUAUGCGACAUGACCUCUUUCGACCAACUUCGUGACCUGGGGGUGCUGACCUGACCUUGACCUGAGGUCAACACCCCAAGUUGACCUGACCCGGACAAAAAUUACAUCAUUCGACGCGCCUGAGCGAGGCGAACACGAUGCUGCCAAAAUCGCGGCUCUGCGGCCGUUUUUCCGAAGUUAUUCACCAAAAACUGAACCGUACCUUGCGGCACUUGACCUGACCUCAGAGGUCACCGGUUGACCUAGGACCUUAAAAUCGAGUACCAAUCUCUGCGUCUCGUAACGGCGCACACGCUCGUUUUUUCCGCGACGCGCUAGCUCCACCAGGGGCGAAACGGCGAGGGGGGGUCGUACCCGCCCCCCCUCGGCCGGCGCGUAUGUAGAAAACCAAUAGGUCCGGUGAGGGUUAAAGUACUCAUCUGAAGCGUCUCGUCGCGUUCUUUCGUUUGCCGCCUCGUGCGUUUCGCUGCGCCUAUUGGUUCUCGAGUUAUCGGCUGGGGGCGUUUAACGCCCCCCCCCCCCCCAGCAAACUGUGGGUGGCGAAAUACCCCAGCAACUGCCGGGAUAUUUUGUACACAUGCGGAGAUCAAGAAGUUUGUGCAUCGGAUUGUGUCUGAAUUAUCUGUGACGAAUCAUUGAUGGGCUUUAUUUGUGCCGCACGGCUGCGCUGGUUUGCAUACAUUCUUUCUCUUGACUCCGUUUGCCUAAUGCAACUCCAGAUGUCGAUGUUAUGGGUAGCUUAGUAGCCAGUUACAACUAGCUAAUGUCCUUGGAGUAUUUGUUUGCGUGUUUAUAUGCCACGUGCGUGUGUAUGAUCACCAAACGUGCCUGCUUUAUAUCUGUAAUACAGUAACGACAGUGACAUAACACCGGGAGUAUA